CGACUCCUCUAUUGCGGCUACGGAGUAGUGGAAAAAAUGCGGCAUCGACAGUCUGGAAUUAUAAUGGCAGUGAAGCGUAUCUCGUCCUCUAUCAAUGAUGAAUCCCAAAAACGUAUGUUGACUGAACUGGAUGCAUGUAAAAGAAGUGACUGUUGUCCUCAGAUGGUUCGUUUCUACGGGGCAAUGUUUCGUGAAGGCGACGUUUGGAUAUGCAUGGAAGUUAUGGACACAUCGUUGGACAAGUUUUACAAGAAAUGCAAUGCUCUUGGUCGAAAACUUCCUGAACCAUUUAUCGCCAAAGUUACGUUAUCUGUUGUCGAGGGUCUCAACUUCAUGAAAGAGGACAUGAACUUGAUCCAUCGUGAUGUUAAACCGUCAAAUAUUUUGCUUAAUCGUCAUGGACAGGUGAAAAUAUGCGACUUUGGCAUAUCUGGUCAUCUCACGAACAGCCUCGCCAAGACAGUAGCAGCGGGCUGUAAAUUCUACAUGCCACCCGAGCGAAUUGACGGAGACAUGAAGGGAUCAUAUGACGUAAGAGCAGAUGUAUGGAGCCUUGGAAUCACACUGGUAGAGAUUGCUACUGGAACUUAUCCUUAUGAUAUAUGGGUUACCCCAUUCCAGCAACUCAAGCAGGUUAUCGAGGAACCCGCGCCUCGAUUACCUUCCGAUGGCUCAUUCUCUGCAGACUGCCAAUAUUUCGUACAACGUUGCCUUGAAAAAAAUCCACACGAGCGUCCAAAGUAUCCUGAAUUGUUAGCUAUGCCUUUCCUCGACAGUGCUAGGAACGAGAAACACUUUAGUAUGGCUAAGUAUAUUGUGGAGGUAAUGUACGAACCAUUAGUCUUAAGUUUCCAAUCUUUUACAGAUUUAUUUUGA